CCAAAGCUUCACACACACCCCCCUUACCAAUCAUUAAUCACCGCUGGGCCAGAAAAGAGAGCAAGCAGCAGGAAAGGCCGAGUGUUGGCACCCGAGCGGGAGCAGCGGGAAGCAGUGCUGGCCGGUUCCCUGUGGAGGGAGGCAGCUCCCCUUCCGACCACCCUCUGCUGGGAGGCCCCGUGGAGGUGGCUGGUCCUGCGUGCACUGCCCUUUCCUUCAGGAAGGUCACUUGGUCCUGGGUGUCCAAGGCUUCGCGCUGUGGCUGGGAGCUGCUGGGUACGCGUGAGGCAGGAGCCCUGAAGAGGACCUUCUGCCUGGUUGGCACCACAGUCUCCAUCUCUUCACCAUGCGGCACAAGGCAUUUUGGAGUGCCCUGGAGUACACCUGCCGGCUGCUGGGCAUCUCCACUGCAGCAGUGCUGAUCGGUGUGGCCAUAGAAACUCUGCAGCGAGGACAGUUCAAAAGCCUGGCUUUCUAUCUUCUUUUUUCAGGGGUUGCAGUUACUGUCUGUGAAGGCUUCUUCUUUAUCAGUUUGUUCCUGGAGAUGUGCUUCACAUAUGAGCCUGACUCCCUGGCACACGCCUGCUGGAAGCGAGCUAGACGGCCAGGGAGCUUCCAGAAAUUCCUGGGGUACACGCUUCUCUCAGUGGCUUGCUUCCUGCAUCCUGUCCUCAUCUGGCAUGUCACCAUCCCUGGGUCCAUGCUGGUGCUUACCGCCCUGGCCUACUUCCUCUUGAGCAAGAGAAGGAAGAGCCCAGGGCACAAAGAGACGCAUCCUGAGGCAGGCCAAUAUGCAGACCCUUCAGCCACCGUUGCAGCCACAACCAUUGCUGGUGACACUGAGCAGACCUACACCUUCCAUGGGGCCCAGAGGGAGCAGCACCGUUCGCUGCUGGGACACGUGAAAAGCAUCCUGAAGGGCAGCAAGGACAGGAGCCCAGCCCCAGUAGGUCCCACUGAACCAACAGCCCUGCCAGCCCCACGCAAGCAAGUGCACUUCCAGGAGAAGGUGGUGCAGAUUAUCCCCUCUGUUAGUGAGAGCUUGGAGGAUGUGGACAGCGAGGCUGAAGAGACCACGUCAGACACCACACCGAUCCUCACACCACCUGAUGCACCUGUCAUCCUCUCUCCCCUCAGCACCACAGGCCUAUUUUAAGCUGAGCAGGAAUGAGGAUGGGACAAAGCUGCUACCCCUGGCACUGGCAUCUUUCCCUGCCACUUCAGCAGCCAAAGUGCCCUGAGAAGUGGCCUUCCUUGCCCUCCCUGCUUCAGGGUGACAACUGUAUCACCUCCUGCACUCCAUGGUCCCGCACCUUGUGACAGAGCCAGUGGUGAUCCCCAGCCCCUGCAGCUCCGUGCUCAGGAGACAGGUGGUGGUUCAGCCAGGAUAGUGCUGAGACAGUCAGGUUCCUGUUCCCAUGGCUUCACACAUGGGUCACUCCCCUGUUAUGGCACUACACUUCAGAGUGGCUCCUCCUGCCUAACAUCACAGCCAUGGUGUGUGCCUCCCAUGAAGCAGCAGCAGGCAGGAGGAGGGGAGACCACCAUGUCCCCAGGGCAGCCUCUGCUGGGGACAGUUGUCUCCCUCCUGCUCUUGCUGCACAAUGAAGAGCUCAGUGCUGGGACACAUUCAGCACAGGUCGCAUUCAGCAUCUGCAGCAGCUGCACCAGGCCUAAGGCAUCCAAAAUGUCGUUUCAGAGAUGGGAUGAGACCAAGCACACCCCUGGGGCUGGCACCUGCUAAGUGCACUUCCCUGAAACACACUCUGAGCCCUGCAGAGAGAUCACUUCUGGCCUUGGGGACACCUAUGGAGGAGCAAGGACACUGGAGUUUUCUCAUGUCCCAUGCCUGGACAGCCCUCUUGAGUUAGAAGAGCUUUGGGAUGAUGUGGCAGCUCAGGUGAUGAGAUUCAGCACCAUGCUGGCACAGCAGAUUCUGUGGAAGUCCCAAUGUGAUUUAAUUAUGGACCCCAGAGGGCAGAGGCAAUAAUAAAAGUUACAGCACUGUCCCACCAGUCCCCUCCAUGCCAAAUCUUCCAUGAACCCUUUACUUCUGGCUUAAUCCUACCACGUUUUAUUCCCUUUGAGGACCAUCUACCUAUAAUCAGGCAUUUCUCUUCUGUUCAACUCAUCCCCUUGGCUUUCUCCCAACUGAGGACUAAGACUUUCUGCUUCCAGAUGGCAAAUGCUGUUUGUGCCUGUACCAACACUAACACCCUCUCAUCAGUGUCAUGCAGGUCUUUUGGCUGGACAUGGGAGAGAACUUGGGUAUCAUGGUUUUCUCAGGCAUGGGGCGUGAAGCUACACUGACACCACUGCUGGGAUGAAGAGGCACACAGUACUGGGGGGAGGUCGUGGUAAGGAGAGAAGAUCUCUGAGACUUGCUAAAAUUAUUUAUAAGAUAGAAGCCAGUGGGGCUUAGUGAUCUGAGUCUCAAUCACCAUGUUCAUUUAGUAAAGCAGUCGAGUGUGAAAACGUAAAGUGUAGGAGUUCAAAAUCAGAAGGUAAUUGAGAUAAGAACACAGUGCUGUUUCUUAAUAAACUCUUUUUAAGUGACUCUUAAUUUGGGAGAUGGAUUGGGAAGAAGGUGGAAUAUACUGACUCACGGUAUUCGACUGCCUGUAUUUGAUAAUGCAACUCUGUCUACAAGAACUGCUUAUGAAUGGUUGCACACACUUCUCAGUCCUACAAACAGAUAUAAACAAAAAGUUUUUUGUUGCAUCACCAACAUUUAAAUUGAUAGUUCUUAUCAAUAUGUUCUAAACACGAUACAUGGAUUAGAUACUUCCUCCAUCUGGCUGCACAAAUUAAACCUCCUCCCCGUAAUUGCGUGUUGAGGAAGAGUCACGUACACAUCUGCCUUUAAAGAGGUUUUCCACCUGCAAAAAUGUCUUCAGAAAGUUGUGUCCUUUUACAGCCUAACACUGCACAAGUGAUAGCAGCAAGUCCAGGAUCCAGCCACAGCUGUGCUCUUAAGCUAGUGUAUUCAUCACAUUAAUAACUGAACAUGAGGCUGUUUUCCUCUACACUUGGUGACUGAACAGCCUACCUGCACCAACAAAGUUCCUGACCCAGCCAUGCCAACAGGGUACCCCCCCUGCCAACUCUGCCCCUAAAGACUGAGCUUGGAGCUAGCUCCCCACCUCGAACACACAUCUGCUCUGCAA